ACAUUAAAAAAAGUUUGAUUUCGUUCGUCUUUACUUCAACUUUGUCGAGAUAUUUUGAGUUUGCAGUAUGUCCCAUCCAGUUUGAAUUAAUUUCUCUGCAUCAAAAUUAUUUAUCCUCAGCAUCGCGAGCGGCAAAAUUCCGGAGUAGUUCAUUCAUUCCUGUAACUCUUUAAACAACAUUCCCACAAUUUCUUUCUGUGAAGUUUUGUUGAAUCUUCUUCUUCUUCUUUUCCCCAAUCGCUGGUUACAACCCCAGUACAGGAUCCUGUGGGUAUUUUGAAAAUUGGAAGAGGCCAUGGAAAAGGGGUCGAGAAAAUGGCGUUUCGAGAGCAACUCAGACCUGUUCAAGCCGCCGGGGAUCUCAGCCAACGUAGUCUCCACCAGGCUGAUGCAGAGCCUCAAUGACGAAGACAAGAGGGUCGUCAUUCCUCUUGGCCAUGGCGACACCUCCUCCGUUCCUUGCUACCGUACUGCUGCAGCGGCUGAAGACGCCAUCGUUAAUGCCGUUCGCUCUGAUGAGUUUAAACGCUAUUCUCCUACUCUUGGUAUUCCGGAGGCAAGAAGGGCAGUUGCCGAUCAUCUAUCUCGUGAUCUUCCGUUCAGUGUAGCGGCGGAUGAUGUUUAUUUAACAUCUGGGUGUAUACAAGGGAUUCAAACCAUAUUGACGGUUCUAUCUUCCUCCCCAGGCGCCAAUAUCUUGCUUCCAAGGCCAGGGUUCCCCGUCUAUGAGCUGCGAGCUGCUUUCGCCCACCUUGAAACUCGCCAUUUCGAUCUUAUUCCUCAAAAGGAUUGGGAAGUCGACCUCGACGCCAUUGAAGCUCUGGCAGACGAGAAAACUGUUGCGUUGGUCGUCGUCAACCCAGGAAACCCCUGCGGGAGUGUCUACACAAGAGAGCAUCUACAGAAGAUUGCAGAGACAGCAAGAAAACUUGGGGUUCUGGUAAUCUCUGAUGAAGUGUAUGCCAAUCUCACUUUUGGCUGUAACCCAUUUGUCCCAAUGGGAGCAUUUUCAUCAAUUGCCCCUGUUAUCACCCUUGGAUCAAUAUCUAAGAGAUGUGUUGUACCUGGAUGGCGAUUUGGUUGGCUUGUGGCUAAUGACCCACAUGGAAUUCUUCAUCACUCUGGGAUUGUUGAGCGCAUCAAGAACUAUAUCAGUUUUGCGAUGGUUCCUGCCACUAUCAUUCAGGCAGCCAUUCCUCAGAUUCUGGAGACAACAAAGGAGGAUUUCUUCUCCAGUAUAAACAACCUGCUAAGAGAGGCUGCAGAUACCUUUUGUGAGGGACUGAAGGAAAUCCCCUGCAUCAGUUGUACCAAUAAACCAGAAGGUUCCAUGUUUAUGAUGGUGAAACUUGAUCCAUCCCUUCUGGAAGGCAUUGAAGAUGAUAUUGAGUUCUGUGUUCAGUUGGCUAGAGAGGAAUCUGUCAUUAUUCUUCCCGGCGCUGUGUUUGGGUUGAAGAAUUGGCUGCGGAUAUCUUUUGCACUUGAUAUUGCAACUCUUGAAGAUGGCCUCCGGAGGCUGAAAGCCUUCUGCCAAAGGCAUGUGAGAAGCAGCAAAGCUUGAUUAAUUCAAUCAUAAGAUGCAAUAAGAUUCGAAUUAAUAGCAGAACCAUUUGCUGAUUACAUAUAAAACUUUGCUAAUUUCUCUGAUGCUACCUUUUUUUUUUCUCUCUUUCUUCGAGUAUAUUCUCUAAUGCUAGUUCUAUUAUGAG